AAUUGCAAGAUGGCGAACCGACCAAUCUUAUGAUUGUUGAUGUGGGCGAGGAGAAGCAACCGAAGCUUGCGGGGUCAGAGACACUAACCCGCUCAUCUUCUUCGGAUCGUGUCGUGCGUGCUUCCUUCGUUUUCGUUGGCCCCGCGUUGCUUCCCUCUUCCAUGUCCAUACUGCUGCUCUGCUUCCGUUGCUCGGUCCGGAAUGCCGCAUGAAAAGAACUCGCCGCCGCCGGAACACGAGGAAGAGGAAGAGUCACAGCAGACACAGCCGCUACGACAACAGGGCUUUCCGCCUCACAAGGUUGCCCGCGUCUCAUCAGAUGAAGUGACUAUGGCGGCGUCGUCGUCACUGAUGCUGGGUUUGGGACUUGGGCUAGGGAGAGGGCCAGGAGCUGCCAAACCGGUCUUCACCUUCAUGCAGCUGCAAGAGCUGGAGCAUCAGGCCCUUAUCUACAAAUACAUGGCGGCCGGCCUACCCGUCCCCGUCCACCUCGUCCUCCCUAUCUGGAAGAGCGUCGCCGCCUCCUCCUUCGGCGCCUACGUCUAUCCCUCCUUGACGGGCUACGGUAGCUUGUGCUUGGACUACCGCAACAGCAUGGAGCCGGAGCCGGGACGGUGCCGGAGGACCGACGGCAAGAAGUGGCGGUGCUCCAGAGACGUCGUCCCCGACCAGAAAUACUGCGAGCGACACAUGCACCGGGGCCGCAACCGUUCAAGAAAGCCCGUGGAAGCAGGAGCUGCCGGUGGCGGAGACACGACCUCCACCGUCGUUCCCACGCCACAACACCACAGCAACAGCAGCAGCACCCAACUAUCCAUCUUGAUCCCACCGAACGGACGCCAGCUGCUGCCCACGACGGCCGGCGGCGGCGGCGGCGGCGGCCCUGUGUCUCAGCCGGAGCUGGGCAUUCUCCACAAUGGCACUGCUUGUAAAACCGCGACCCCUUGAGGCUUUUCUGCAAGACCUUCUGCUCUCUUUAAUUUCUGCAAUCUGUGGCUUCUUGUCUGAUCUCUCGGUUAGAUUUGGCUGUCGGAGAAGACACCGCAGGCGGACACGCUGGUGCGCAGCGACAGCAGAUAUAGAAACCCAGGGUCCCAUGAACCAUAGUUCAUUAGAACCCACCACCGUUUCAUUCUUUCUCCUCUCUAGGUAAGUGGGUGGGUGGUAGCUUCGUCUCCGUUCUCGUGGGCACAGGCAGUGAGAGACAGCUCAGUGGUAUGGCCUGCCAUGGUGAAUCAAUUCUUCCCAGCUCUGACAUGUCAGGGCGGUGGUGCAGCCUUAUUUUGUAUAUGAAAUUGUUCUGUACUGACAGCUUUGGUAUACGACGACCCCAUGUGGGGGUGCAAUAUGUACACGAGCACUGUUGUCGUUAAUGCUGCACGCUUCACCGUUUGAAAUGGAAGAAGAUGCCUUCUGGGAAA